ACCCGGGACAGUUUCUAACCAAUCACGUGUGGUUUCAUACAUCUGUCGUCUGCCAUGGUCGUCUGCUAAUCUAAGCGCAAAUUUUCAAUUUGUUGAGCCAUUUGAAUGGAAGUUGACUGUCAAACGCUCUCUACAGUGACUUCGUCAAUGAAGAAUUUGAAGUACGUAGAUACCGGUGACACGUGAGAGACAGAACAGCUGAAUGUUUCCAGGUCUCCAGACAGCUUAACUUCUCAAGGAAAUCUAGCAACAUGAUCUACAGGAAUCUUGGAAGGUCUGGGCUACGGGUGUCUUGCCUUGGACUGGGAACAUGGGUGACAUUUGGAGGGCAAGUAACAGAUGAGAUGGCAGAAGAACUGAUGACUUUAGCCUAUGAGAACGGUGUGAACCUUUUUGACACUGCAGAAGUGUAUGCAGCUGGCAAAGCAGAAAUCACACUAGGAAACGUCAUCAAGAAAAAGGGAUGGAGGAGAUCCAGCCUUGUCAUUACUACAAAGAUAUUCUGGGGAGGAAGGGCAGAGACAGAACGAGGGCUGUCUAGAAAACACAUCAUCGAGGGUCUGCAGGGUUCACUACAGAGGCUGCAGCUGGAAUAUGUGGAUGUGGUGUUCGCCAACAGACCAGAUCCUAACACUCCUAUGGAAGAGACAGUACGUGCCUUCAGUUAUGUGAUUGACCGAGGCUGGGCCUUGUACUGGGGCACAUCCAGAUGGAGCCCCAUGGAGAUUAUGGAAGCAUACUCAGUAGCCAGACAGUUUAACCUGAUCCCGCCUAUAGCAGAGCAGGCAGAGUACCAUCUCUUCCAGCGGGAGAAGGUUGAGGCACAGCUGCCAGAACUCUAUGCCAAGAUAGGUGUAGGAGCGAUGACCUGGUCCCCCCUGGCCUGUGGCAUCAUCACAGGAAAGUAUGACGAUGGGGUGCCCAUUUACUCCAGAGCUGCUCUCAAGGGAUACGGGUGGCUGAAGGAUAAAAUCCUGAGUGAAGAUGGGAGAAGACAACAGGCCAAACUGAGAGAAGUACAGAUUAUAGCCGACAAACUCAACUGCACAUUGCCACAACUGGCUAUUGCCUGGUGUUUACGGAAUGAGACAGUCAGCUCAGUUCUCCUUGGUGCCUCUUCUAUAGAGCAGCUGUAUGAAAAUAUACAGUCUCUUCAGGUGGUACAGAAGUUAACACCCCAGAUUCUGACAGAACUGGACGGUAUCCUUGGAAACAAACCUCCCAUGAAGCGUGAUGUGAAGUAACUCUACUCAAGGAGGCCAUUGUCUUCACUACAUGUAUAUCCUUGCUCUACCCAGGAUUUCAGUCAAGAUGGGACAUGUGACCUGGAGAAGACAAUACAGGACAUUCCAAGAUAGAAAAAAAAAACUCCUAUGCUCUUCCAGUGGUGUCAUACCUUAGGCUUGUUUGUCUUUCUCAGGACUGUCUGGUUUUUUUUUAAGGAACAUCUGUACUAUUGUUUGGUAAUGGUAAGGUUUUGUUUUGGGCUAACAUUGUAAUUUUGUAUGGUGCAGACGGUGUGAAUUUUAGCAGUUGAUAACAAUGCUGUGCCAAAUGAGGUUCUAACUUAGGCCUGUUCGUUAUCUGGGCCUAAUGCCGGUAGAUUAAGAUUAUUAAUGAUUAAGAUAAUCUGUUAAGAGGAAUAAACACCUUUUAGAAACUGAACGUUGAAUAAUGAAUUACGCAUUUGUUCGGCCACCUCAGCCAUCAGUUCAAAGUAUAUAUUAUCACAUCUUAAGACUUGACCUAAUAAUUUGUUGAAGAUUCCCCAAAAAAAGUAUUAUAAUGAGAACCAACAUAUAGAUUAAAAUUGGUAACGCUAGAUGAGUCCCUUGUUUAUGUAAGGAGAUGCACAAAAACGAGACACAUAUUAUAUACGC